AUGUUCUCUAGUGGGUGGGAUGUGGGGGGAGCGGGUUGGAGAUGGAGUCGGAGAUUGUGGGUGUGGGAGGAGGAGAUGCUGGGGGAGUGUGCUAUUUUACUUCGUAAUGUUUCUUUGCAGAUUGGUGUUAGAGAUACUUGGAGAUGGUUGCUGGAUCACUCGGCAGGUUAUACAGUUAGUAGCGCCUAUCAGUUGUUGACUUCUCAGGAUAUCCCUCAUGUCGAAGGUGCAGCUGCGUUGGUUUGGCAUAAUCAUAUUCCGCUUAAGGUCUCAAUUUUUGUUUGGAGGCUGUUGCGGAAUCGCUUGCCGACACGGCAAAAUCUGGUUCAUCGUGGAAUCCUUUCAGAUACUGCUGCUGGUUGUUUGUUAGGGUGCGGAGCUGUGGAGACUUCUCAGCAUUUAUUCAUUUCUUGUGAUUUUUAUGGUUCAUUGUGGUCUCUUGUUCGGGCGUGGCUUGGUGUCUCUGGACCUGAUCCCUGUAUUGUUUCCGAUCAUUUUCUUCAGUUUACUCAUUCAGCAGGUGGUUUGCGAGCAAGACGCUCUUUUAUGCAGCUUGUCUGGUUGUUUUGCGCGUGGAUUAUAUGGAAUGACCGUAAUCAAAGGUUGUUUAAUAAUGUAGGUAGUUCCAUUGAUCAGUUGUUGGAUAAGGUCAAGUGGCAUUCUUUGUGGUGGUUAAAAGCUAGCCAUGCCGUUUUUGUUUUUGGUUAUGAUUUGUGGUGGUCAAGACCCUUGGAUUGUUUGGGUCUUGGCUAA